GAAAGGGUUCCGGUGACACUCACUGCGCCGGCGUGCGGGCGCGAGCGGUCAAAGCGCCUUCCGGAGGCCGCCGAAGUGCGCCCUUUUCUCUGUCUGUCGCUUUCGGAGUGCUCCGAGCGAGAUUCAAAAAGGCCUUCGCCACCGGAGGGGUGUUUUUCUACACUCUGACUCCCCCUGGUGCCCCGCCACUCCGGCCCUUGCCCUUUGACCCUGCUCUCGCGGCGGGGUGAGAGGUAGGUGGCCAUCUUGUGGCGGCGGCGCGGGCGGCUGUUACUGCGGAGACCCAUCCCCUCCCCCUCCUGGCCCCCCCGGCCCCCCCGGCCAUCUGUCAGUCAUAAAGAGUCCCGCAGGCCGCCAGGUGAGGUCCCGGCCUCGUGCCGUCGCUCUCUCCGCCGCACUGGGCGGCCCAGGCCGAUCCCUGCCGGGCCUCACCGCCGCCACCAUGUCCUCCUUCUCCGAGUCGGCGCUGGAGAAGAAGCUCUCAGAGCUGAGCAACUCUCAGCAGAGCGUGCAGACCCUCUCCUUGUGGCUCAUCCACCACCGCAAGCACGCGGGACCCAUCGUCUCGGUGUGGCACCGCGAGCUCCGCAAAGCCAAAUCAAAUAGAAAGCUUACUUUUCUGUACUUAGCCAAUGAUGUCAUUCAAAACAGUAAAAGGAAAGGACCUGAAUUCACUAGAGAAUUUGAAUCUGUCCUUGUGGAUGCUUUUUCUCACGUUGCCAGAGAGGCAGAUGAAGGCUGUAAAAAACCUUUAGAAAGAUUGCUGAACAUCUGGCAAGAAAGAAGUGUGUAUGGCGGCGAGUUCAUACAGCAGCUGAAGCUGUCUAUGGAGGACUCCAAGAGCCCUCCCCCCAAAGCAACAGAGGAGAAGAAAUCUCUAAAGCGAACUUUUCAGCAAAUACAAGAGGAGGAGGAUGACGACUACCCUGGAAGCUACUCUCCCCAAGAUCCUUCUGCAGGACCCCUCUUGACUGAGGAACUAAUCAAAGCUUUGCAGGACCUGGAAAAUGCUGCAUCAGGGGAUGCUACUGUCCGACAGAAAAUUGCUUCUUUACCCCAGGAAGUGCAAGAUGUUUCUCUUUUGGAAAAAAUAACAGACAAAGAGGCAGCUGAACGUCUUUCAAAAACAGUAGAUGAAGCAUGUCUGUUACUAGCCGAAUAUAACGGGCGCCUGGCGGCAGAACUGGAAGACCGACGCCAGCUGGCUCGGAUGUUGGUGGAGUACACCCAGAACCAGAAAGAUGUUUUGUCAGAAAAGGAGAAAAAACUAGAAGAAUAUAAACAGAAGCUUGCUCGGGUAACCCAGGUCCGCAAGGAACUCAAGUCCCAUAUUCAGAGCUUGCCAGACCUCUCGUUGCUGCCCAACGUCACAGGGGGCUUGGCCCCCCUGCCCUCUGCUGGUGACCUGUUUUCAACUGACUAAGGCAGGUGUCAUGCCCCAGACUCCAUCUGUACCAGCAGAAAGAAGAGGGCAAGUCAUGGUUGGAAAUAACCUAGUAGCCCCUGGUUCUAUCCCUCUUUCUGCUCGGCCCCCCCAGCCUCAAGAAAGAACCGCAGGGUCUGAUUCUCCUCUCCAGCCUCUCCUGUUGAGCACAAUUGAGGACAGUGGCGAAUGGAAUCCAGUUUAGAUUUAUAUUUGGAAAGAAUACAAACUCACUUCAUGUUUCCAUGCCCCUGUUGGUUUUCCAUUCUUAGCUCUCUCUUUACACCCAAGAAGUUAUGAAAAUCAUGUGUAGAAGAAUCUUGUCUCUCACGACAGCAUUGUGUCAUGAAAGCAGCUUCUCUUUUCUGAGUUGGGCUUGUUCAAGUCCACUUGAACUUCCACUGAGGGACUCAAUUCUGGAGUCGUUGGCUUUCCUGGCUGCCAUCCACCCCAGAGAUUGGAGGCACAACUGUUGAGCAGCUUUGCCACAAAGAGUUUGCCAAAUCUCGGAUCCUCCCUUACUGUGACUUAAAGCAAUGAGUAGUCAAAGGUUGGGUGCAUUUGUGAGCAGACUAGAGGAUCUAGCAAUAAGAUUCAAAGCUGAUCUGGGACAUCAAGUCAGUUCAGAGAACGACUAACAGGGAUCACAAGCAUGAAUUAAAAAUAAGUUAUUUGCUUUAGGUUCCUAUCCAACAACCUUCCCAGGCUGCACUUAUCAAGGGUGCCACCCACGGUCAGAGAGCACGUUCCUAGAAACAUGAUCUUUGCCCCAGUUGGUUGUGAAGGCGGUUGUUAGAAAUGGCACUGUGGGCCCCCAAGGCUAAAGGCAUUCUGGGAGUCCGGGCUCUGCGUGGGUUUUGCUUUGACCCUUUCUUUUGGGGAGUUGGGCACACACUAACAUUUAAUUCACUGCGUGGGCACAUGUCCACAGCAUGGUGACUAAACUUGAAAAUCUCCCCUGCAAAUAUGACACUCUGUGCACACUUGUCUGUCCUUCAGUUCACACCACUGCACGUGUCCUUGUGCUGCUAGGAGGAGGAGUACUUUGUGUCAGAUGUUACUGAAUAGCUCAUCUCGGGAAGGGGGAAAGUGAGGGAUAUUAAUUGGGGGUCUUAAUUCCAUUAUCAUGCCAGCUGACAUUAUGACUAUAUAAUGUAGUUAGAGAGGAUUAUUACCUUGCUUUUAGUAAAGGUUAGGCCUGCUGACUGUAAGUCAUUCUAAUUUGGCAGGCUUAUUUUUGACAUUGGAAAGGGCAGAAAACAAUUUGCCCCAAUAGUGUAAUAGGAAUUAUAGCCCAGAGGCUGAAAUCCAAAAGCUAUAAAAAGGAAUUCAGUGGAGGGGGCUUCAGAAUCUCCAUUAUUUUGAGUUGCUCUUUUCAGGAUUACCAAAAAGCCAAUUACAUGUAAUUUUACAUGUUCAGCGUGUUAGAACAUAACGUCUGUUUUUAAAAGUGUAACAGGCUUCCCUUCAAGAAGCUCUCCUGCCUGCCAUGAAGUGAAAAUGAUAAAAAGUCAUAGCAGGUACGCAGUUUAACUCUGUGUAGAACCUAGUAGCAUUUAAGCUAUUUUUCAGAUUGAAUACGGUCUGUGUGUUGUUUGCAUAUUGACACUGCCUGUUGUCCUGUCAUUAUUAAAUUAAUGAGUCUCUAUAUAAAGUUUUUCUCCCAGAGGCCACAGGGCAGUAAAUGACUUUUACUAAAAUUGCAAAAUAAAUUCCAGUCUUUGCUGUUUCUACAUAUAAGCCCCCUCCCCGCGUGGUGUGCUGCUUCAGCCCCGCAGAGGAGCUUGCUUCUGAACAGACCCAUCUUGCACAGACUCUGUGCUUUCUUUCACCAGGGAAGCAAAGUCUUACCAGCCACAAACCAGCCAAAAAGGUGUAGUGGAUAUCUGCUCUCAUCAGCUAGGUGAAAAUGUUACAACAUAAUGGAUUUUGCCCACUGCUCUGUUUUAUCUGAUUGAGUCUUUGACUAGAAAUUGGUGCAUAAUCAUUACAGCAAGAGCAAGAAAUGAAACUGUAACAAUUAUGUAAAUGAAUGUGUUGGCCUCUUAACACCUGUUACUAGUGGACUUCCUGUAAGGAAGGAAGUUCUGUUUUUUUGUUUUUCAACAAAAUGUGCUUUUGUUUUUUAACUCUUAAUUCUCCCACAUCCUCCCCAGGAGUGCUUUUUACUUCAUUUGUUUAAUUUAAAUGAACCUUUCUCCUUGUAUGUGUGAGGUGAUCUGGCAGGGCGGGGUGGGUGGGUUUUGUUCUGUGUUCUCCUAUACUUAGGGCAUCCGUUGGCCUCCAGGACCUUUCCUUUAGGUCUUCUUCCUCAGAAAGUCUUCAAUCUUCCUUUGUUUUUUGUUCUGUUUUUUUUUCUUAAAGAGUAUUUUUAAAGCUUAAAUUUGUAUAUUAAUUUAGGACUUUAUUUAGAAGUAUAGGCUGCCAUUGGCGGUAGCAGUAUAUUCUGAAAUGUCUCAUAGAUAUAUAUUUUUGAAUAAAGAUGGUGUUGUUGAAUGA